AUGAACAACAUCAGCGACGCACGUGAUUACAUGGACACGAGAAAGGAACUCCCAGGCACUGUUUUGUUUAGGAAUAUAUCCUGGUUGUUGAUUUUACUAUACGCUGUAGUAUUUGUUAUUGGAUCAGUCGGUAACCUUCUUUUGGUAUGUACGGUCAUGUGUUGUAGUGGCUUACGCAAUGUGACUAACUUCUUCAUUGCAAAUCUAGCCGCGUCAGACUUUUUCAUGUGUAUAUUCUGCAUUCCAUGGACGUUAGCGCACAGUCUAAUGAAAACCUGGGUGUUUGGAGAAUCUAUGUGUCGGUUUGUUCCGCUAGUACAAGCUUCGUCUGUGUACGUGUCCGUGAUCUCACACGUUGUCAUAGCGAUUGAUCGAUAUAUUGCAGUGAUAUAUCCGCUAAAACCUCGAUUGACUCGGUACAGUGGGACUGCGGUCAUCGUGGCCUCUUGGAUAAUUGCAUGCUGCUUGGCGUCACCGGUGGCUGUUUACACUCAUCUGUUUGACCUUCGUGACUUUGAUCUGGGUAUCGCAUGUUUCGAGCUGUGGCCUAACCGUGAGCGAAGAAUCGCAUACAGUAUAACCCUGAUUCUCGUCCAGUAUAUUGUACCGCUCAUAAUCGUUAGUGUAUGCUAUGCCAAGAUGUCUAUUAACCUAAACCGCCGCGUAGCCCCAGGUGUUGUAACAGAUGAGCAAAUGUACAGAGACACUCGAAGGAAACAGCGAACAAAUCGCCUUUUGCUUGCAGUGGUCGCCAGUUUUGCGUUCUCGUGGUUUCCCUUCAACGUGUUCAUGGUUUUGACGGACACCGAUAUUGACGCUAUAAAUCAUGUGUACGCCAACAUAGUUUUCGCUUUCUGUCACAUAAUCGCAUUAAGUUCAACUUGUUAUAACCCAUUUAUCUAUGCUUGGCUUCAUCCAAACUUCCGUAAGAAAUUAAAAUCCAUGCUAUCAUGUUGGCGGUGGCGUCAUACGGGUAAUGACAACCAGACGGGGAGGGCAAACAGGGGUUACCGCACUCACAAUCACUCGCUGGAACCCAAAAUGGCUGUGAUCUCUGGCAACGAUGGCAUGAGUCAACGCGUGGUAUCGCAAGAACAACGUGUGCGCACCAGAUCUGCGCUAGAAAGUGACACUGACACAACGUACGAGAAUAACCCAUCUCACUAUUUACACCAUACGGAAAGGACAGCUGAUGUUAGAGUAUAA